GUCAAAAACCAACAUGGCGACUCGCAUGGCGAAGAGAGCUGCUGAAAAUUGUGCACGAUUUUCGGGUUCAAGAUCAUUAGGACACAGGUUGAAACGCCUCGGAAGUCGCAGCUUCUGUAGUGCCGAUGGGGGAAGUGCAGGCAGUAUUCCGUUGACUCAACCCUUACCAGGGGUGCCCCUGCCUGUUUAUGCAGCCCUAUCCAACCAUUCACAUGACACUCAUGUGACGACGUUAGACAAUGGGCUCAGGGUGGCCUCUAUGAAUAAAUACGGCCAGUUCUCUACAGUUGGAGUGUUAUUGGAUUCAGGCUCACGGUAUGAAGCAAACUACACCAAAGGGAUCUCUCACUUUCUGGAGAAGCUUGCUUUUGGGUCAACAGAACUGUACAGUAACAGAGAUCACAUUCUUCAAGAACUGGAGAAAUAUGGUGGCAUUUGUGACUGCCAGUCUUCAAGGGACACUAUGAUCUACGGUAUAUCAGCCAACACUGACGGUCUGUCUGAAGUCACUAAACUCCUAUCUCAAGUUGUAUUCCAACCUAAGAUGACUCCAGGUGAGUUUGAUGACGCCAGAGUCGCAAUCCAGUUUGAGUUGGAAGAUGUUGCCUUCAGACCAGAUGCUGAACCUGUACUGAUAGAGAUGAUACACCAGGCAGCAUUCACAGACAACACCCUCGGCCUGCCCAAGUUAUGUCCUGUCGAGAACAUCUCCCGCAUCGACUACAAAAUGCUACAGAAAUACCUGCAUAAUUACCACACCCCGAAGCGCGUGGUGCUGGCUGGAGUGGGCAUGGAGCAUCAGCAGCUUGUAGACUAUGCCAAUGAGCAUUUCGUUGGGGUGACACCUUCGUGGGAGAGUUCGGAACUAACUGGGAAGGACAGUUCUGUUGAUAGAUCGACAGCUCAGUAUAUUGGAGGUUUACAAAGGGAAGUGCGUGAUAUGUCCAACAUUGCCCCAGGCACUCCAAUCCCUGAGCUUGCCCAUGUCGUCAUCGGUCUAGAGUCCUGCGGCCACAGGGACCCAGAUUUCAUCGCCUUCGCCGUCCUCAACAUGCUGAUGGGGGGCGGGGGAUCCUUUUCCGCCGGGGGACCAGGGAAGGGCAUGUAUACCAGGCUGUACUUGAAUGUGUUGAACCGGUUUCAUUGGAUGUACAGCGCCACGGCGAUGCAUCACAGCUACGAUGAUAGUGGCAUCUUCUGUAUUCAUGCCAGUGCAAAUCCAAGCAUGGUCAAAGAAAUGGUUGAGGUCAUCGUGAGAGAGUUCUUCAACAUGGCUGGCCGGAUUGAAGAAGUGGAGUUGAGUCGAGCCAAGAAGCAGCUACAGUCCAUGCUGAUGAUGAACCUGGAGGCCAGGCCGGUGGUCUUUGAGGACAUCGGCCGCCAAGUCCUGGCCACCGAUGAGAGAAAGGAGCCUCAAGAGUUCUGCCAAAUGAUCGAGAAAAUCACAGCUGAAGACAUCCAGCGAGCCGCCACAAGAAUGUUGCGCACCAAGCCCUCGGUGGCAGCUUUGGGAGAUCUGUCUCGACUGCCGGAGUACCACGCAAUCCAAGAGGCCCUCAUCAGCAAAGAUGGCCGCUUCCCGCGUAAAUUUGUUUCCCUCUUUAGGAGGUAGUCUGUAAAAAGGGUCGGGGGUUAAAGGUACCGGAAAAAGAAAAAAAAAUUGCUGACACAACGCAUUAUUUGGGGAAGGUCAUGUGUCAUUCAAGUUUGGUGAAGUGCAAA